AUGUCAUACACGCCUUCGGAUGAUCUUGGGCUCGCAUUGGAUGAAUUCAAUAGCAAAUCGCUCGAGAAUCUCCUCCAGCUUCUAGCCAAGAUCUACACUUCCAACAACUUGCUAGUCCUAGACCAGAGUCUCUCACCAUUUCUCAAUAGUCUCACAACUUUCCUGAAGCUAAAGGAGCAAGGCAAGUUCAGCAACAUCAUCUGGCUUAACAACGAGCUUCUAUCGCAUGAUCUCGACGUUUUCAGAAAGUUUGCCGGGUUAAUCAUCUUAGUUCAAGAAACAGAAGACAAUCGCAGUUUGAUAGAGCAAUUGCUCGUUUCUAACCUCGCUGUGUUAGACAAAAUUCAUGGUCUUAAAGUUAACAUAAUAGUUAAGGACUUAUCCCGUUCUUAUCUAUACGAGUUGAACAAAUCGUUUGGCGGAAACGUCGUCAACUUCGAUCUGAUUCUUAGUCACGAUCUCAAAUCGAAACCUGUAACAAGUAUAUCACCCCGUAUCAAGGUGCUAAACUGGGAAACAUUACCUGUCUAUAAUGACGACAUCAUUGUGGUCGAUGUAGGUAAAUACGGCGGUAUAGAUUCGUACUUCGACGAGCCGUUGAAACAGGUGAAUCAACUUGUAGAAGCGCUAGUUCAAAUUCUUUUCGCCAGUCAUGGAAGUAAGAAUAAUGUACUCAAAUUGAGGAACAUCUACGGAAAAGGCAACCAUGCUGAUUUCCUAGUCCAGCUACUUCAAGACGUUAAGAUUCCUGAGUAUCUCAAUACCAACUUGAACCAACUAGAGAUCGAGUUCUACCGUACAAAAUUGCUCAGUAAUACUGAUUUGGUAGUUCUUGAAAGAAACUUGGACUUCUAUUCAGUUCUCUUUAACCAGUUAAACUACCAGGGUUUGAUCGACGACUUGUUUGAGUUGAAGUUCAACACCAUAACAAAUCCAGUAGGUGAUUCUCUGGCUUACAGUAAUCUAUCCAAUGAUGUUCUUUAUUCCGACUCGUUGAGACAUUUGAACUUUGCAUCAAUAGGACCAGAAUUGAAUAAGCUAGCCAAAGAGAUUCAGCAACAGUUCAAGUUGAAAGACACGGAGAACGAUACGUUAAACUCAAACUUACAGGAUAUACGUAAAAUAGUCCAGAACUUGGGAACUUUGACGCAACAGCAAGAUCUCAUUAAAAAACACACCUCGAUCAGCGAGUCUAUUCUCGAGAGAAUCAACUCUGAGUACGAAACUUUUCUUACGUUCCAGAAUGAUAUCUUUGAAAUGGAUUACAAAUUGCAAUUGUCCAAACUAAAGUACUUCUUCAAUAUCAACUUUAACCAGUAUAUAAUUCUCACCACUAUCGUCUUGGUGUCGAUUACUAACAAUGGUAUUAAAGAGCGAGACUUUGACUGGAUCUCCCAGGAAGUGUUGGAUAGCUAUGGAAUUUCUACUAGUUUGGCUCUUGAAAAAUUGGUCGAAUACAAAAUGAUAAGAAUCAACGUCGAUUAUGGGAACGACUUCUUGAGCACAAUCACAGGUGGUUUGGCCAGUAACCAACAGACAACACCUGUUCCGGACGAGAACCAAAGUCUUGCCAACUUGGGAAUUACUGGUGCUCAGGAUACAUACAGAGCGAACUUUACCUUGAUAGACAAGUUCUGGAAUCUACAUCCUUUGGAAGAGGAAGAAGAAAAAGGAGAGGAGCCAGUACAGCAUCCAGACUCCAAAGACCUUUUGGUGGAUUUGUAUCCGAAUCCAUCCUUUACUUUGCCUUCUAACACGGUUCCGUUGUUAACACGAUUGGUAGAGGCUCUCUAUCUUCGGGACUUCUUGAAGUAUAAACCAGUGAACAACAUCAAGAAGCGUCCCAACUGGGACAACCUAUCUACGAGCACUAUGUUCAAUGGCAAAACGGUGGAUAUCAACAUUGACGAUACUCUGGAUGUGAGAACCACCAAGCCGUCACCGUUGGCUACACACCAAGAGUACAUUGUUGUUGUAGUAAUAGGUGGAAUCACCAGAAGCGAAAUCAGUUGUUUGAAGUAUCUACAGCAAAGGCUUGUCAAGAACAAAAAGAACAAGAAAAUCGUUGUAGUUUCCAGUGGAAUCGUCAACAACAGGAAGCUUCUCGAUUUCUUUUUAGACUAG